UUAUGCAAUUUAUAAUAUUAUUGAAAUAUAUUAUAAUAAUAUAUUAUGAUAAUAUUAUUGAAAAAAUAUACAUAUAUUACUUAUGAUAUGUCAUGCGUAAAUGUGACAUUGGGAACUUAUGACGUCAUGCACUCACAGUGAAUUACUCUUAAUUGACUAAAUUUAUAACUUAUAUGGCGGUCUUAAAUAUUGUAAAUUGUAUCAAUACUUCUUAACUUUUAUUAAGCACAGCUUAACCUCGCGCCUGUAUUUAAUUCUAGUUUUUUUAUCAACAGUUUCUCUUGUUUUUUUAAGUUCUUUAUUCUCUUUCUGGCACAUAAGGGUCAGUACCCUAAUUAUUUCUUUAUUGAAUUUAAUUUUUAAAGUAAAAGAAGGAAUUAACGCCUGUAAUAGGUUAAUAAUAGGUUGGAUAUAUAUUUAUUAUUUAUGUCUUUAUUUAAGUCCUACGGUUUUCAGAAUUUUAAAGAAUAACUUUCUAUACCCUUAUUAUAUUCAGCGGGUACAAGCACUAUUACCGACUGAUUUCCCAUUAAGACUAAAUUUUUGCCGUUGGAUGCAGCAAAAAAUUGGCGAAAAUCCCCAGUUUUUAAAACAAAUAUUAUUCACGGAUGAAGCAAAUUUUUCCAAAGAAGCCUGAAUAAUGAACUUUCACAUUAAUCACCCAUGCGCGGAUGAGAAUCCACAUGCAAUUUUAGGAGGCCGUCAUUGACAUCAAUUUUCUCUUAACGUAUGGGUUGGAAUUGUUGCAGACUAUUUGCUAGGUCCUUUCUUUUUUGCUAUUAAGGCUUACUGGAGAAGUGUAUUCAUUUCCUUUCAACACGAAUUGCCCAUACUUUUGGAGAAUGUUCCGUUUCCAUUUAGAUUGAAAAUGUACUUCAUGGACGAUGGAGUACAUUUCAUGGUGUACAAUCCCCACCUCAUUUCAGUUUAGUUGCACGUGAAUAUUUGAACACAGUCUAUUCGAAUCGUUGGAUAGGCCGAAGAGAAACUGAACCUUUGCUUUCCAGAUCUCCAGACCUUAAUUCCUUGGUCUUUUGCCUUUGGGGUCACCUUAAACAUUUGGUUUAUACAACCACAGUAGAUAAUGUGGAAGAAUUACAAAAUCGCAGUAUCGCAUCCUGUGAAACAAUUAAACACGGAAUAUUUGAACGAGUUCGCCAAUCGAUGCGUCGUAGAAUAGAGGCCUGUAUUGCAGUUAGGGGUUCACAUUUUGAACAACUGUUGUAACUUAUGUUCCACCAAGUGGCUUUUUUAAAAAUAGAUAUUUGUCGUAAGAACUUUAGGUAAUUUUUUUUCACUAAAUAAAAAAUAUUUUGUAACAAAAAUAUAUAAAAUAAAACUUAAUAAAAUAUUGACAUUUAAUUUAAGUUUGAAAAGAGCAUUGAAUAGUGAAUAAAAACUCCAGAUUCCAUAUUUAAAGCUGAUGAUAUCUCGAAUCUAAAACGUUAAAAUGCAUUUAUUAUUUUAAUUCCAAAACUCUCGAAAACGCUGGAUCGUAGCGACUUUGAAAUAUCUUUUUUACACGAAAUUGAUAGAUAAAUUAAUUUUUUUGUAAAAAAAAUAUUUAAGUAACCAUAACAAAGUUAUCACGCUUUAAAAGUAUUAAAAGCCGUGUAUGUAGCGCUCUCUACAAGUGAGAACCCUCGUAACAUUAAAUUUGAAUUUACUAUAUCAAAAAACCCCGAGAUGCCAAUUUUCUGCGUUCAAAUAUCUGCAUUACUACCAAAAUUAUUAAGAAAAAAUAAAAAUAAAACUUUAACACCUUGGCUGUUAUGAAUAACACUUGAGUUGAAACUCCAAGUAUGUACUCAUGAGCAUGAGCAUGAAGUGCUGGUUUGUUCUUCGUUUUAUAUGAAUAAAAAUAAUUCGCUGAGAGGAGUAUGUGCUCCGAAUACAUAGAGUAGAUACUCGAUAUUUCCAAACAAGUCUGCACCUGAAAAAACACCAAAUAAACAAGUGCCGCGUUUCGCAUAUUCGUGUAUUAGUAUAAAUUCAAGUAUCAGUGUGCAAUGAGUGAAAGUGAAGAAGAAACUGAAGUCUGCGAAUCCCAAAUGGGAUUUGUAAACAUGCUACGUGAUGUUCCCAUACUUUUAUCCAAGUCACAAACACCAGCUGUCCGAAAGUCAAAAAGCCAAGCAAUAGAACUGAUUAACAAACAGUGGAAGCUGAAUUUCGGGUCACAAAUAACGACAAGUCAAAUGUACAAAAAAAUUAAUAAUAUGAAAUCCAAACUCAAGAAAAAGACUGACAUAAACAGGACUGGAAAUAAGAAAAUUGUGCUGCAGGAUUGGGAAAAGAUUUUGUUGGAAAUCAUGGAAGGCAACACAAAUCCAGUACUUGCAAAAGUUCCAGGAGCAUUAUCCGUCGGCAUACAACAAACAGAGACGAAAAUCGGCCAUGAAGAUACAAUCCCUAGGCAAUCAACUUCUGCUUCUGAAACGAGUGCAGCAAAUGAUGAUGCUAUUAGUACAGUACAACAUGCACCUAAAAAAAAGGAACAUAAUAAAGGUAGUCCUCUCGAAGAAUAUGAAACAAACGUUACUAAACAACUCUCGAAUAACGAACUACAAAGACUAGUUUUACUGAAACAACUGAGAGUUUUAGAAAUGAAAGAGGAAAAACUCAAGAGACAGCUAAACAGAGAUGUUGAUGAACAAUCUAAUUCAAGCAAUAAUAAUAUCAUUCAAGCUGACAAUGGACAAGCAUAUUUCAAAUUAUAAUG